UUGUCCAGGAACAUAUCGUGGCAAGCAUUUGAGAAAUGGUCAAAAUUAUCGGCUGGCCCCCUAGCAUUCGAAGAUCGCUCUCCGGCACGCCGGGACGCUCGAAAAAGUAAUGCGCAUUUCGAUAUCCUGUUUGCAAAAUAUGCGCAUGGCGAUAAGGAAUCGUUUGAUGGACUGGCCGGUAUCGUGGCUCAUUCAGCAUACCCCAAAGAAGGCAUCAUACAUUUCGAUGGGUCCGAGUUCUGGUCAGUGAACGGACGUAGCGGACUCGAACUCCGAUAUGUAGCACUUCAUGGAAUCGGUCCCGCGCUGGGCCUCAGACAUUCAAGGGAUCCGAGAGCUGUUAUGAAUCCAUACUACCGGUUCAUACAUUGA